CAGUGGGACACAUUCCAAUUCUGUCAUGUGGUUGGGAACAACUUACCUAUUUGUGGCCUAUAAUCACAUUUUCUGCAGUAUCUGAAUUGGUAUGCACUUAUUGAAUUUCCUCCUCCCUCUAGUACAACUUGGAAAUACAUCUCAACCACAGUCAGAUUGUUGGGCCAUCCUAGGAGUGUCUAUGUUUUCAGAGGCAAUGAUGAAGCCUGUGUUUGUGGUGAUUUUCUUAAUACUGGUAAUGUUCUCAGUUCAAGGUGAAGGGAGAGCAUUUCCAUGGAACUGUGCAACUCUUAAUGGAGUUUGUCGUCAAGGAGUGUGCCUUCCACACGAACUCUACUUUGGACCUUUGGGAUGUGGCAAAGGAUUCCUAUGCUGUGUUUCACACUUCUUAUGAAACCUCAACACACAAUAAUUAUUCUGAGAGCUUGCUCUCGAAGUGGACCCUGUCAUAAAUUCGAUCAUCUGCUUGUUUAUUUGCUCUUAACAGUCUGCCUUCAUGCAUGUUUAAUUUAAAAUCUUUGAAAAUAAGUUCAGAGUUUGAUAUUGAACUUAAGAUUGACUGAUCUUAAGUUCAGGAUAGGAGAUACUUUGUAACAUUUGUGAAGCUAUAAAAUGUUCCUCUUUGUGUUGCCUUUUUGUGUUGCCAAAUUAAAAGACCCAAGUCUGUAGUGUGAAAAGACAAUAAAAGAUUAUGGAUGAUAA